UAUUAAUUUAGUUUCGAUUGUGCUUUCAUAUUUAUUUAUUUUCAUAACAUGUGUUAAUUUCUUUAAAAAAAUACCAUUAAGUAAUAAACUAAAUCAGUACUUAUGCUUAUAAUGAAUAAAGUGUUUAUUUAGUUUACUUAUAAUUUAUUAUUGAUUAUAUUUUUAAUGAAUCCACACGGACGAAUGAUGUCUGUCUGUUUCUUGAUUUGUGAAAAUAGAAGAAUGUUUACAUGGAGUUGAUAGAUAUAUCUAUAAACGGAGUUUAACUUUGUUUCUAAGAUAAAUGAAAGUCAUCAUUAGAAAAAUUAGUAAGGUGGCAUUACUGAUAGAUUACAACCCGCGUGCUAAGCAUGAAUAUUAAGAGGUUAUGUUAGACUCAAGUCAUAACAGAAAACUCUAAACUAUUUACGUUUGUUAUUGAAUUUUUCAAUGAAAUUUGUAUCAGAUAUAAGUGCAUUAUUAUUCACAAAUUUAAACUAGUAAAUUGACAUUUUAAUAUAUUCAAUUUGUCAUUAACAUGCCUUCUUGGAAUCAAAUUCAAUCUCAACUUCGACAUCCAAACAAUCCAGUAGUAUUCUUUGACGUUUCUGUCGGCACAACAGAAAUAGGACGUAUGAUAUUCGAAUUAUUUGAAGACGUUUGUCCAAAAACAUCAGAAAAUUUUCGUCAAUUCUGUACUGGAGAAUAUAGAAAAGAUGGUGUACCAUUAGGAUUCAAAGGAGCUAUAUUUCACAGAGUUAUCAAAGAUUUUAUGAUUCAAGGAGGUGAUUUUGUAAAUGGAGAUGGUACUGGAGUAUUGAGUAUUUACGGUGGAAGUACAUUUCCUGAUGAAAAUUUUACAUUAAAGCAUGAUUCUCCCGGACUUCUGUCCAUGGCAAAUAGUGGAAAGGACACAAAUGGUUGUCAAUUUUUUAUAACUUGUGCAAAAUGUAACUUUCUCGACGGAAAACAUGUAGUUUUUGGUAGAGUAAUUGAUGGAUUGCUUGUAAUGAGAAAAGUAGAAAAUGUUCCAACAGGUCCAAAUAAUAAACCGAAAAUACCAGUAACUAUAUCACAAUGUGGCCAAAUGUAAAAUCAACAAUUAACGAAUAUUAAUUAUAUUACUAACCAAAACAUAAAUUAUGAUAAAUCUUAUUUUCAAGUAAAAUUUUAAAAUAAUUCGACAAACUUGUACAAAAUAUUUGUAUUCACAUAAUUAAU